AAUGUCGAAGAAUCAUACUAUGAGGAUAUGUUCAAAGGUGGAAGCAAACUCAUUAACACACGGGAAAUUACAGAAAAGUUAUCUGAAAUGACUUUACUCAGCAAGGAAAUCGAUCUUCUAGAUGUUCCUGAUCUUUGA